AUGGAUCAUAUUACCUCUCUGCUCAGGGCGUCGCGAAUGGCCCAGGCGAUAGCUGAAGGAUACGAAGAAUGCGUUUUUUGCCGUUUUGGUGCUAGCGAGGCAAUCCGCUACGAUCGAGAGCCAGGGUUAAAAUCAGAUUUUUUUCGGGCGUUUAGUUGCAUGGUAGGCCAGCAUCAACAGGCUGCCAUGGUCUAUCGACCUCAGGCGAAUGGUACCUUGAGGAGGAUGGUUCAGAUCCUGACUAGGUCCAUCAAGAUGUAUGUCUUUGAUUUCAGGCAGCAGGACUGGGAUGAAUAUGUAGAAUGCUUAGCGUUUGCGAUGAACACCGCGCAGACCGACUCCGGAAAAGGACACCAUUUUAUCUGGUCCAUGGUUGGGAUGCUAGAACCUACCUCUCUAAGUUUAAGUUUGCACCUUACACUAUAG